AUGCGAACGUUUCUUACUCCUUCCCAAGCUGACGGCGACUAUUUGUGCUGCGAAUGUGAAACUAAUCGUACAGAUUUGUGGUUCAUUGAGCCGGGAAAUAUUAAAAGCAUGAAACUGCAGAUAGAUUCGGAUAUUAAGAAAUUAAAUUAUAGGAAUACUUCAUUCACCGUGAAGCAAAUUGACGAGACGAAGGUUGUGCGCGUUCUCGCCCUGCUUCCGAGCGUGAGGACAAUCAGGACGACCUCCUUCCUCAUGGCCCUGCAGAGGAUCGCCCCUGCAAUCGAUCUCGCCGUACAAAAUGUCAACACCGGAGUGCUCCCUCCCUACUACCAAAUUGUAUUUAAAAAUGUACGGAUCGGAUUUGUCAGCAGUUUGUUGAAGCGUUUGAAGACGGGCGGGUUGUUUGCAAAUAAAAGUAAAAAAGAUCUGAAAAGUUUGUUCAAACUGGAAGUCGUGUACCGCGAUGAUGGCUGCCAGGGCGCCAAAUCUCUCAACCAUGCCGUUGAAUUCUACAAAUACGAUCCUGUUAACGCUAUAAUAGGACCAGCCUGUGAUUAUGCAGUAGCUUCAGUUGCCCGCCAGUGCGUUUUUUGGAAUCUCCCUGUUUUGACUGGAAGUGGAUUGGCCAAAGAUUUUGGAGUCUCAAGAUUGACGGAGUAUUCCACUUUAACGAGAUUGGGUCCAAGAAUUGACGAAAUAGCUUCAAUAGUCCUGUCAAUAAUUAGAUAUUACAAUUGGAACAAAGUGGCAGUUGUUUAUGAACUCGUCGGAUUUCCCGAUAUAACUGACAAAUUUUGUCACUUUGCUGCUGCCGGCAUCAAGCAGCUGAUAACCUCGAGUGAGGUGGUCAACCAUUCUUCGUCUCCAAACCACCGCCAUCACGACGCGGGCUCUCACAAGCAGACGUCUAAAGACUCCGAAUCGAAAGGAGGAAUUCAAUAUAACCAUUAUGACAUAGCAAAUAUUCACAAAUUUUUCAAGCACGAUUUACCGUUUAUUGGAAGCAAAUACGGAAUCGUGGUAUUCAGAGUAAACAUUUAA